CCAGUCACUCAGAGGUUUUCCUCCGUGACUCAUGUGUUUUCACAUGCCUUAGAGACUCAGGUCAAGACCCUUCUGCUCAUUUUGCGGGGUCUCUCCCAACAUUCACUUGAAUGGACAGAAGUACACACAUUUUCAGGACCAGGAUCAAGCACAGAUUCAAGUAAAGCAAAAGAGAAUUUUCACAAGGACACUGUUAAGAGGCGUCCCAUGAAACUAAACUUUGAUGACUCGUGUUCUACAUUAUCUGAAAUCGUAGAUUUUGAAACUAAGGUUAAAGAAGGAAAGAAGCACAAAAAUAGUCACAUGAAAUUAGAAGACGUGUCUGAUUCUGCUAGUGUCAGCAGUGGAUUAACUCAACAAGUAAAGAGUGGAAAAACUGGUAAUCAGCACUGUUCUAUUUCAAUGACCAAAGAUCCUUAUAGUAGGGUUGCUAACAAUGGGAAGAAGACAACCCAAUGUGAUUCAGCAUUUUUAUCAGAAUCUGCGGUUGUAGCCAGUACGAAGCCUGUUGUGAUUCCAGUGAAUGUAGUCGGCGGAAGACACGAACCAGAUAAGAAUGGCACAAGUAGGGUACCUGAGCUACAGAAGAAAGUAGUAAAGGAAAGCCAAAGUGAUGCAAGGUCUUCAGAAUCUUUGGACCUAUCUAUUAGGAAACCUGUUGCUGUAGUUCCAAGGAAUGUCAAUGAUGGGAAACAUCAACCAGAUGAGAAUGUCACAAAUAGGUUUUCAGACAAACAGAACAAGCCAAGCCAAAGUGAUUCAAGGCCUUCAACAAAAUCUGCGGGUCUAGCCGGUAUGAAGCCUGUUGUGAUUCCAGUGAAUAUAGAUGGUGGGAGAUGGGAACCACAUAAGAAUAUCACAAGUAGGGUUGCUGACAAUGGGAAGAAGACAACCCAAUGUGAUUCAGCAUUUUUAUCAGAAUCUGUGGUUGUAGCCAGUACGAAGCCUGUUGUGAUUCCGGUGAAUGUAGUCGGCGGGAGACAUGAACCAGAUAAGAAUGGCACAAGUGUUCCAGACACACAGAAGAAUAAAAGCCAAAGUGAUACGUGGUCUUCAUCAGAAUCAGAAUCUGAGCCACAAGCCAGUGUGAAGCCUGCUGUUAUAUUUCCAGUGAAGGUAGACAGUAGGAGACUUAAACCAGAUGAGAAUGUCACCAGGGUUCCAGACACACAGAAGAAUAAAAGCCAAAGUGAUACAUGGUCUUCAUCAGAAUCAGAAUCUGAGCCACAAGCCAGUGUGAAGCCUGCUGUUGUAUUUCCAGUGAAGGUAGACAGCAGGAGACUUAAACCAGAUGAGACUGUCACCAGGGUUCCAGACACACAGAAGAAUAAAAGCCAAAGUGAUACAUGGUCUUCAUCAGAAUCAGAAUCUGAGCCACAAGCCAGUGUGAAGCCUGCUGUUGUAUUUCCAGUGAAGGUAGACAGCAGGAGACUUAAACCAGAUGAGACUGUCACCAGGACGGAUCCUAGCUUGCAGAAGAAUGUAGUAAAGGAAAGCCAAACUGAUCCAUGGUCUUCACCAGAUUAUGUGGGUCAAGUCAGCGAGCAGGCUGGUGCUGAACUUCCAGUGAAUGUAGAUGCCAGGAGAUAUGACUCAGAUGAGAAUGCCAGAAGUAAUGUUCCUGGCUUGCAUAAAAAUGGAAUAAAGAAGAGCAAAAAUGAAACAUGUAAUUCAGCAGUAUCUGUGCCUAAAGUAAGCAGGAAGUCUGGUGCUUUGCAUUCAGUGACUGGUGACAGCAGAAGACAUGAAUCAAGACAGAAUAAUGGAAGCAAUGUCUAUAAUUUCUUCCUGUAUAGAGUUCCUGGCUUGACUAGAAAAAAGAGAAAGAAAAGCACCUAUGAAAUGAAUAUGCCAACAGAACCUCUGACAGUAACACAUGAGAUAGCUGGUGUAGUAUUUCCAGAGCAAGGUGACAGCAGGAGACAUGAAAACAAUCAGGAUGUUGGAAGGCCUGUAAAGAAAACAUCUAAUGAGAAGAAGGAAAUCAAUCCUACGGAUGACUCUGAUGACAUAACUCAGACAUCCAAAAUAGCCUCAACGGGUUGUGACUCGCUUUACUCUGAACAUGAGAACGUUUUCACUAACGUAUCAAAGGUAUCAAAAUCCCAAGAUUUAAUUUGUUCACAUAAAAGAUUAUGUGAAAUUAAUCACUGUGAACUACUUAAGGAAAAAUAUAGAAAAAUAAAAGCUGAGAAUUGUGCACUGAAAAAGGAGCUAUUAGAAACAAAAGACAUAAACUCACAGCUAAAACAGCAAAAUUUGAAACUAGAAUACUGCUGCUACAAUUUGAGGGAUCGGCUGCGAAGAGAAGAAGAGCGCUAUAGGAGUGGCGCUCAAAUGAAGCAGCAGCUGGAGUCCACACUGUCAGCAGUAGCUGUGGAACUGAGAGCUCUAAGAAAUGAUUUAAUGAAGGCUUCUGAGAGUAAUGAAAGAGAGAAAGAUCCAGUACAUAAAAGCCACACUUUGCAGGACGAAAUCAGUAUGCUAAAACUGGAAAUAAAUACAAUGAAAAAUCAAAACCAGGAAAAAGAAAAGACCGUUGAAAUUAUAAAAGAAAUGAAUGAUUUUCUGCGAAAAAACAUACAACAGAGUGAGGAAAGACUUGCAAAAACAAUAUCCCAACAUUGUGAACAACUUAUUGUUCUAAAGAGUGAAAAUAACUCGCUAAGCACUCAACUGGAACAUGAAAAACAAAAAUCAGAAACACUGAAAACAGAAGUUGAAUCCUGCCAUGGUAGACUGGAUGCUGCUGUACAAGAUCUUGGUCAGAGUCACAAGUCCGAGAGAGACCUAGAACGUCAUUUCCAAGAGACAAGAGAGGAGAAGCUGCGUUUAGAGGAGACAUUAUCUCAACUACAGAGGGAAAACAUGUUGCUUCAACAGCAACUGAAUGAGGCUCGCAACAAAGCUGACAAUGAAGAGGAGACAGUAAUGAAUAUGCGAGGCCAGUUUCAGGACACUAUAAGAAGGCUUCGAACUGAAAAUGAGAAACAAAAAGAAACAAAUGACAAGUUAAUUGAUGAAUGUAAUCUUUUAAAAAAAAGAAUAUAUAAGUAUGAAAAGAAGAAAGCAGCAAGAGAAGCACAAGUAACACCUCAAGACAAUUUGAAACUGUUCAGAGGUACUCAGACUACUUCAAUAAGUCAAAUGGAAGUCAGAUAUAAAAAUUUGGAAACUGAAAAUUGCAGACUGCAAACUGAUUUAGAGUCACAGAGAAUAAAAUCGGGAAAAUACAUGCAACUCUACCUAGAAGAAUCAAAGAUGAGACAAUCAUUGCAAAAUAACGUAAACACGACCAUUGAGCAGCUAAGAGAAGUCAAUACCGAACGUCUUGUGGAGGAAACACAUCCCGAACAUGUAUUCAACGCUCCUCCUCUGAGGCCAUGCCUACCGCUAUCUUCUGCAACAAGUCCACUCAAUAGUCCUAAUAAUCAUUUCAUGCUUGAUAGUUAUCUUAGGACAAGGCAGAAUUCAACAACUUUUCCUACCUUCAACCCAUGGCCUUAAAAUGAAAGCAUAGACACUUAACUAUGACAAGGUUCCCUCUCCCAGCCUGUGCUGACUCAGCCGCCCGCCC